CGUGAAGAAUCAUCUUCCCUUGAUUUCCCAGCUCAGACAAUUGCCGGAGGGAACGCACGGUCCUUUAUCAGGUGGAUAUGCAGGAGGUUACAAUUAGACAGAGGAGUGCUUUUAAGCAUUUUGUGAACGUCGACCAACCGGGCAAGGAACUGUGCUGGAAUUUCUUUACCCGGCGUAAAAAUAUAUCCUUUGGACUGUACCGCAAAGUCAACCGUGCAUAUACCGAAACAGGAACGUACGUACUACAAAGUGGAACUCUCAGAGAAGUUGGAAAGAGCUUUGUGGUUGUCGGCAGCGACGGGGAUGAGAAAACAUCUACGCCAUCAUCGCCACUGGUUCCCAGGUCGAAGGGAACUACUUCAGCGGUGACACCACCUGAAUUCGCCGAAUAUCCUCCCAGUCUUGGCGCCCUGAAGGACAAUGCAUCUGCAAAGUCCUUUUCCGAAUCCACCGAGGGUUCUGCUUCCGGCAGACGAAGGAAAAAGGAAUCGUUCAUUGACCCGGAACUUGUGGAAAUCAUGCCCGUUACGCACUAUGACUCGUCGAAAUUCACCGUCAAGGGGAGCUUCUACAUAGAAGAACCUGGGAUUUACGUACUAUUAUGGGAUAAUACGUUUUCAAUGAAUACGUCGAAGAAACUAUUCUUUUUUGUGGCAUUGAAGGAUGUUGAGCCAUCACAAGCUCCGGUACGGAAAGAGAUGGAAAACUGGCUGUUGAAGAAAGGGAAUAAGAAGAUGCAGGGGUUCCAAAAACGAUGGGUUACAGUAGAUACCAAUGGGACGUUGUCCUAUUAUAAACAUCCAGGAAGCUUUUGCCGCGGAUCCGUUGAGCUGCCAAAGGCUGCUGUACAUCUAGAUCAUGAUCGAAGUCUCAUAGAUAUAGAUUCUGGUCAAGCCCUCUAUCAUUUCAAAGCACAAUCGCCGCAAGACUUCCAGGCCUGGAUAUCUGUCCUUCAGAGAUUUACAUUGGCCAAGACCAUGAGCUUAGGUCGCGAAAGUGAAAGUGGAGGCAAAUUGAUACCAGAUGAUGAUGAUACCGGAAGCCCGUGGGAUGGGACAGCGAAAGGAGCGAUGGAUCCUGAUCUGGGUGAUGUGCAACGUAAGGCCGAAAAUAUGGUUAUCACCUUGACGAAUGAGUUGGGGCGAUUGAAAGAGUUAGUCGAGUCAUCUCGAGGACGGAUGGAUCAAAGAAGCCAGAUGAAAGACUUUACGCUCAUACUGAAUUCUAUCUCGGACGUGAUUGCCAAUGCUCUGUCGAAUGCUAACAACAUGCAGCGAGAGCUGUACUCAUACGGAGAGACUGUUCGGUCACAAAGGGAGCGGUCACAUGAUGCUAUCCAGCAAACGGAAUCCGCACUGCAUGCAUGCUUGGCCGACAAUAAUCGCGUGCGCCGUAGGUUCGGGUUGGAGCCAGUUACUCUCACGUCAUUCAUUGCGCACGCCAGUACUACCUCGCUCCAUCUCAAUAAUUUCCACAAAGCGGGCUCAAUAACAUCUUCCAUGCGGGAUGACGUUUUCUACGAUGCUGAAGAAGGUGGAGACAGCGAUGACGAAGAAAGUGCUGAGAGUGAUUCUAUGCAUGAAGCGGAGGAAGGUCUCAGCAGCGAUGAAGAAUUUGAGGAUGAUGACGAGGGAUCAAACGAGAGCUUUACACCAAAUAGGCGAUCGCGCCAAGCAUCAACAGCAUCUACCUCUGGGGGCGCUACGUCGGAAGCAACCGUUACUCAAACUAUUCCUCCAGCUAAGGACGAAACUAGCAAGGUAGCCAUGCCCAUUCAGCCUCUUCCCAUAGUACGACGAACAAAGCUGCCUGCUCCAACGGUUUCUAUGCAAAAUAUUAGCAUAAUGGGAAUCUUGCGGAACAAUGUUGGCAAAGAUCUAUCUACGGUCGCCAUGCCCAUCGCUCUGAAUGAGCCCUUGAAUCUCCUACAGAAACUAUGCGAGGAGCUGGAAUACUGUGAGCUUCUGGAUCAAGCAGCAUCCAUCACGGAUCCUGUUGAUCGGUUGGCCUUGAUAGCAGCAUUUGCGGUGUCAGGUUAUGCAUCCACCAUACAUCGGGCGGGUAGAAAACCGUUCAAUCCACUGCUGGGUGAGACCUAUGAGUGCGUCAGAGAGGAUAAAGGUUUCAAAUUUGUAUCAGAGAAAGUCAGCCACCAUCCGCCGGUAAUGGCGUGCCAUGCUGAAUCGCCCAACUAUAUUUUUUUCCAAGAUAGUCAAGUGAAGACCAAGUUUUGGGGAAAAUCGAUGGAGCUGAUACCAACAGGCACCGUGCACGUUGCGUUUCCAGCUCUGGGAGAGCAUUAUACUUGGACGAAAGUUACCACAUGCAUGCGGAAUGUCUUCUCUUCUGGUCGCUACUUAGAACAUUACGGCACCAUGAAAAUCAUAUCCCAUUCUAGUGGCCAUUAUUGUGAACUUUCAUUCAAGGAGUCUGGCUAUUUUGCCUCUGCUAAAAAUGAAGUGGUUGGCACGAUAUGUGGCCCAAAAGGGCAAAAGUUGAUGUCUCUAAGCGGAAACUGGGACAAAUCAUUACAAAAGUUCCAUGAGUCUGCUCCGAAUGCACUGGAGGUUGUGUGGCGCGCAAGGCCCAACCCACCUAAUCAUCCGGAGAUCUAUGGCUUCACAUCUUUCGCACUAGAACUAAAUGAGCUUACGCCGGACCUGGAAGGAUUGCUUCCAAAUACCGACACACGGUACAGACCUGACCAAAGGAUGUACGAGGAGGGCCGGGAUGAGGAAGCUGAGCGAGAAAAGCAACGACUAGAGCAAAAGCAGCGCGACUAUCGAAAGAUGCUGGAAUCACGCGGCGAGCAGUGGCAUCCUCAGUGGUUUGAUCUACGACCGGAAGAGUAUUCUAAUGGAAAUCGGUCGUGGCACUAUAAAGGAGGAUACUGGGAAUCUCGUGGCAAAUUUGAAAAUGUGCUGGACCUAUGGUCAUCACAGAGUUUUUGAUAAGACAGGUUAGAAUAGUCCUUAGAGUCAUAGUGAAAGAUGGUUUAAGUAGAUUAUGGCAAAGGCCGGGAUCCGAAGAAAUACAUCGUGGCUGUAACGACCACAUAAUCAAAUUCGGUAUGAAAGGAAGAAACA